AUGCAUUUCAUCUUCCCUUUCGUUAUCGCAGCCCUGGCCCCCGUAGCCUUUACGGCCCCGGUGCGCUCUUUUGACAGAACGGACGGUGUUGUAGCUCGUGGUAAUAAUAUUUAUGAAGCUUCAACCGGCGAAGCUUUAGGCAAGCGAGCGGCUGCUGGCGCGUGGUUCAUGGACAGUGACGAUGACUACACACCGCCGACGACACCUAGAACACGCCAAAGACAAGCCGAAGCUGCAGCGGCAGCGCGUCAAGCUGAGUUAGAAAGGCAAAGGAAAAAGGCCGAAGACAAGCAGGCCGCUAAGGAGGCGAAGGCAGCGCGGAAAAAGGAGCGUGCCGACGCGCGUAAAAAUCAAGGAUUUUGCGGCAUUUUUCCCAAUAGCAAAGCUCGGUGUGAUCCCAAUGCAUGA